ACUGCUCUUUGCGCGCGCGACUGCGGCGAGCUCUGCGCUAGCGGCGUGGCGGCGGUGGGCAGGCCCGGCGGCGGGGCGGGCGGUGCCCCGCUAUGGCCGUGGGUGCGGGCGGCGCGGCGGGGCGCGGGCGGCAGUGGGCGGCGUGACUCCUCCGGCCGCCCUGCAUGGGCCGGCUGCCAUGGAAGGGGUGCUGUACAAGUGGACCAACUACCUGAGUGGGUGGCAGCCUCGAUGGUUUCUUCUCUGUGGUGGCAUCCUGUCCUAUUAUGACUCUCAGGAAGAUGCCUGGAAGGGCUGUAAGGGAAGCAUCCAAAUGGCUGUGUGUGAAAUUCAAGUUCAUCCUGCAGAUAACACACGAAUGGAUCUGAUCAUCCCAGGGGAACAAUACUUCUAUUUAAAGGCGAGAAAUGCUGUUGAAAGGCAAAAGUGGCUGGUUGCGCUAGGAACUGCCAAAGCCUGUCUGACUGACAGCAGGACACAGAAGGAAAAAGAGUUCACUGAAAACACAGAAGCCUUGAAGACUAAAAUGUCUGAACUUCGACUUUACUGUAACCUCCUUGUUCAGCAAGUGCAUAAAACAAAGGAAGCCAGCAUUUCUGGGGCAUCAGAACUAGAGAGCGGGAUUGAUAUGGGAGCUCUGUUAAAAUCAACGUGUGACACUUUCCUGAAGACUCUUGAGGAAUGUAUGCAGAUUGCAAAUACUGCCUUCACUUCUGAGUUAUUGCAUCAGACCCCACCUGGAUCCCCACAUUUAGCAGUCCUCAGAACAAACAAGAUAAAGCACUCAGUUUCGUCCAGUCGCACCUCAACAGAAAGGCAGAUGGAAUUGAACACCUGUGAAAAUGGCUCUAUAAAGGCUGAAAUUAACCAUCAAGAGCAAACCCUUAUGAAAAGUCUGGAAUGUUUAAACCUGGAAACAAAUGAAGGAAGCACUGAUGUUUCUGUUGAAGACCACAUAGCAGAGGAUUUGACAGGCAUUAAAGAAGAUGGAGAGAACAAGCUGCAAGCUGUAGAAAGCAUUGGUGCCAACAGUUUGCUGCAGUCGGAAAUGAGUUCUUUAAGUGGGUUGACUCCAUGUGAGGAAGACGGAAAUGAAAAUGAUUCUCCUACCUUCUUCAGUGUCAUGAGCAAUAGGUUCAGUGAUAUUGAACUUCGGGAGGAGGAGGGCAUACCAACAGAAGAGUUUCUGGAGUCAUGUUACGCAAUUGUGCCCGUUCUGGACAAGCUGGGACCAACUGUUUUUGCUCCUGUUAAAAUGGAUUUUGUAGGCAACAUAAAGAAAAUAAAUCAGAAAUUUAUAACCAACAAAGAAGAGUUUGAUACCCUUCAGAAGAUAGUGCUCCAUGAAGUGAAUGCAGGUGUAGCACAAGUUAGAAACUCUGCUACAGAGGCUCUCUUGUGGCUGAAAAGGGGCUUAAAGUUCUUGAAAGGGUUUUUGACAGAAGUGAAGAAUGGGGAAAAGAAUAUCCAAACAGCUCUGAACAAUGCUUAUGGAAAGACAUUACGACAGCACCAUGGUUGGGUUGUCCGCGGGGUCUUCGCAUUAGCUUUAAGGGCAGCUCCAACGUACGAAGACUUUGUGGCAGCUCUGUCCGUAGAGGAAUGUGAUCCUCAGGAAGAAAGAUUUUACAAAGGAAUGCAGAGAGACCUCAACAUUUACUUACCAGCCAUGGAAAAGCAGCUAAAUAUCUUGGACACUCUCUAUGAAGUACAUGGUUUGGAGUCAGAUGAGGUGGUAUGACUACAGCAAGACUGUGACUUUAAACUUCAGGGACUGUGUCUGUUAACAAAGAUUUCUUUAAUUUUGUUUUUUGUGAGAACAUUGUUUCUGUUCAUUGUAUGUUUUCAGGUGGGAAGAGUGUUGUGUUUUGGAGGAAAAGUAUGUAUGAUUUUUAAUUUUUGUUAAUGCUUGUUAUGUGUUUAAAUGCAGAGGUACUGUUUCUUGUUGGGUCGUAACUAUGUCUGUGAUGAAUGUUUUUGACUGUUUCUCUCCUGCCUGUGCAAUCCCUCUUCUCUUCACCUGAUGAAAGUAACAGAGCGGAAUUUGGCCUUUGCUCCUGUACCUUAGGAGAGAGCCACAUGUACAGCAGAGCGGUUGGAAGGUCAAGGUGGAGCCCAGGCAGGUGCUGCUGGCUCUGGCUCCUCCAUGCCCUGUGCCCGCUCCCUGCAACAGUGUAGGAGGACAGAGGUAGUGAAAGUUAGUUACCUUAGCAGAAGAGAAGGUCAGUUAAAUGCCACCUUGUAAGGUACACAGUGAGUUUCUCCUUAGUUUGUGUUGAAGCUUUUUAAUACAGCGCAUCUCCGAGUAUUUCAGAGAUCUUCACCACAAGCAUAGGUGACUGGUGCUCUGAUCUUCCCCAAGAACCAGCCUUUGAAACUGGGUGUUGUGUUCCCUCACCAGCUCCCAGUACGUGCCACGUUCUCCUUUUCAGCUCCUGCCAGUGGGCCACAAGAAAUUUACGGGCCCAGCCUGGCAGAGCCAGCUCAUUGCAACACCGCUUUACACAAGCAAUUGAAGAAUCAUGUCCAUCAUCCUGGUUUAUUAAGGCUUUGGUGGGUUUUUUUUCUAUUUUAGGUUUAGUAUUAGAAAACAAAUCAAAUUCACAUAAAACCAUAAUAUUUGCUAUUGAAUUGAAAACAGCUAGCAGUUUAUAAAAGCAGAUUUUAUUAAAAUCCUUCUUGGGCUGGUGUUAUGGGCAGAGGCUUCGUGAAAGUGAACAUGAAAUGAGUAAAGCAUAGGGGAAGCUAGAAUUUUUCAUGGAGUCAUUACACAUUGGGCUAGUUACAAACCUUAAAAUCUGAAAUGAUGUAGAAGUGACUGAAAAUUUAAAAAGUAUGUUUUGCUGAUACAGAUAAAAAUGUGCUUCUUAACACAACUGCUAUUAAAAAUAAUAAAGAAGUCCUUCUAAAUUAAUCAAGUGAUUAAUUAAGGACAAAAUUCCUAGUUGUGAUGAUGACUAGAAGGCUGUCUGGGAUUUAUUGAUUGCCCAUUCAUGACACAGGUGAGUGACCUAGGGCUUCAGAUGGCUUUGUACAGGGUGGAGUUUGACUCAUGUGGUAAUUGGAUACUUAGAAUUAGUAAAUCUUUGUAAAUACAGGAGAAGUUUCAGUAUCACCAUACUCACAGGAGAAGUACUGGCGUUUUGCUAAAAACCCAUGUCAUUAAAAUGAAUGUACUGCAGGCUUGCUGCCCUGAGUCACUCUGUGACAGGAGUCUCUCUGCGCACUGAAUACUUGAUCCUUUCUAAACAGCAUGGCAUUGUGAGCUUUAAGAAAACCGUAUGAUGCUUGAAGAAAAGACCAAACAUCACACUUGGUGUAUAAAGCAAGAUACCAGAAGUGUAAUUAGGCAUUUAAACACUGUGACAUUCUUGUUCCUGUCAUUUUCUCUUAGUCGUGCCUAUCUGUAAUUCCUACAUACACCAAGAGGAAUCAGAAGGAUGUGGGGUUUUAGUUUUUUUUGGUUUUCUUAAUUUAAGUAGUAUAUACUUACAUUUAAGUACAAAGGCAAAACUUUGACCAAAGCUUCAUUCAAUUAUUUCACUAUUCACAGUGCUAAAAAUGAAGCAGAAAGCCUUUGAGAUUUGUCUGUCUGCUUCUUCUAAGGAUGAAUACAAAUAGACCACCUCUACAGCAGAACAACCAACUCUGCACCCUAUGUGGUUUCCUCAGGGUUUUCAGGUACUAUGUGGGAAACAUUGCUGUAAUAGUUUUUAGCUGAAUACUCUGGGAAGGUAAUGGAGACCACAUUUCCACUAAAUGUGAGCUGGAGUGUGGGAGGAGAAAGAGAUUCCUCUUCUCUAGAAAUUAACUGUUAGAUCAUGAUGAAAGUUGGCUUCCCUUUUUGCUUUAAGCUUUUCCAGUAGCAGGAAAGCGUAAUCAGCCCUUAGUCUUGGAGGUAUUUUGGGGUUUUCUCUUUUGUUGGUUUGGUUUUGUAACUAGCGGGGGAACCGCUGGUUUGUUAGUAGUGCAUCAGACCCAACAUUCGAUGCAAAAAGUCUUCUUUGCUCUUCUCUGUAAAGUUGCUCUUCAAGAAUAUUCUUAGAAGACCAUAGCUUCAGGAGACCUUGAUGUGCUUCCUGCUGAACAGGGGACAUGUAGAGAAGGAAUUGAGCAAGUUCUGCUUUGCCUUCAAAACUCGUGCUUUACCACGCACUGCUCUUGCAGGGUGUUGAGCACUCCUAAGACUUACAAGUGCUACCUUUCUAGUCAAACCACCACUGAUUAAGAAACCCAUCCAGCAUGUUGCAGAGCCACACUCCAAGUUAUACCUCUAAGGAUGCGAUAGACCAGGUUACCAGGUACAAGUAAAUAGACUGCUAGACAAUUAAUUUCUUGCUUUUCUUCUGGUGUCAGUUUGGCAAACAGAGGAUUGCUUUUGAUUUUAGUGAUUGUUAAGGAACUAACUUUUGGCCUUCAGAUUUAGAUUUGGAGAGGAGGUGGGUGGGUGUUAUUUGAUUUGUUUGGUUUGUUGAUGGGUUGGUGUUGCUUUCUUUUGUUUUUUUUUUAAAUGGCUGUCACUUUUGAACAACUGGCCUGCAAACUGAUAGAAGUCCACAUGACUCUUAAAUAACAGCAACCUUUCUCUGUAUACCUUACAUGAGCUGCUUUGGUUUCUUAAACUGCACUAGUCUAAAGUUUUGCAUCCCUUUCUUUUAGAAAUGCUUUCGGCUGUAUCCUUCAAUGUCUAACAGUUGCAUAUUCUCAGGGAUUUUACUUAGCCAUGGCAAAAUAAGAGUAAUCAUAGCCUUACUCCACGGGACUAAGGCUGCUUUUUGUGAAAUUAGUAUACCUGAGUGUGGAACUGAUACAGCGUGUGACACUGACCGUGUCUGUCCACUGCACAUCCUUGCUGAGACAUGGUAAAUCCCAAAGCAAUCUGAUAGAAGUGCUAUUUAGUACUAAAUAAUGGCUGUCAAGCAUAUACGACUAGAGAUCACACACACGUGUUGUAGUAUAGUGCCAUUGGCAUUAGAGCAGAGCUCUUGAAUACUUUCAGUCAAGUUCUGCUUAGCAAUGGGAGGCUUUAAUUUAUUUAAUUUAUUUUCUUGGGUUUUUUUAAACAAUGUUCUGGAGCCCCCGUUGCUAUUUUAAGACACCAUACUCAGUUACAUAUUGAAGUUUUGUGACAUUACAUUUGCAACAUAUGGACUGGAUACUCAAGUGCUUUAGUGUAAACUUAAGGAGUCAUUGAAACAUCCUAUCUUGAUGCUGUUGUAAUAUGUGUCUCCCUUCAACAGAUGCACUUAAAGUUAAGGAUUGUAUACCUUCACUUACAAGCUUUUUAUAAAGCAUCAUCAAGAUUUAAGUUACAGCUGUUUGCUUUAAAAAUGUUUCAGAGUUUGAAAAGUGUCACUUGGUUGGCUAGACAUAUAAAAAGUAUGCCCUAAAUGUGCUCCAGUUGUUUGCAGCAUGCUUUGGCAAAUGCACAUGGACCGGUAUAGAAAAGAGCGUUAAAUGUGUCCAUAUGCUGGACCUUUUAACCUUUUCAUUAUCAAUUCAGCUUUUGUGAAAAGCUUUAGGGAACUCUAAAAUGCCAGGAGAGAUCAUUAGUACGUUCCUAUGUUGCUAGCUUUCCCUCUUCCUUCACCUGGUCACCACCUCUUCCUUUCUUUCCAUUCCUCAACUUCUUUGCUGCCAGAGCUGUUGCGGUCAAGUUGAAACAUACCUUAUUGGAGCACAAAUCAGGAAGGUUUGUAAAUGAUAAAAAUGUAAACUUUGAAAAUGUGACGUGACUGACUUGUUUGGCAGUAUGGAGAAUCUGCUGCUUUUUUCUGAAGUUUUAUCCUGGUUUGUUAUAUUUUUGUCAGGAAAACCACACCAUUUUGAACUUCUGAUUUCACUAAUGAAAUUUAAAUCAGGACACUUCAAAAUUGGCAGUUCUACCUCUUUUGAGUGAAAGUACAAGGAUUUUUAGUUUUUUAAUUGACUUUAAUCUGUUCUUUUGCCUGGUUAGCACUGUUUUUAAAAAAAUAUAUGAAAAAAUAAAGUACAAAAUAUAAAGAAGAGGCAGGAAUAACUGAAUCCACGCAUCUCUGCUACCCUCUGAAGCCCAUUGGUGAACAAACCCUGCAAACUACUGCAUGCUCCAAGCAAUAUAAAAUCACCCUUGUGCAGAAGGGGUAUCGUAGACCACUUACUGGCUCUGAGCAAGCUCAGGCAGUAGCUGAUCCUGCUCACAGUUCACACAAGGGCUUAAGCACUUACUUUGAGGUUAGAACGUGGGUGUGUAUAUGGUUCACUUAAAUACAUGCUCACGCCUUUCCUCUGGCAUGCACUUCUUCAAAAUGUGGUCUGUCAUUUUUAGUAUUGCUUUCUUGGUGUAUUAUUUCUCCCCCAGAUAUUCCAGAAGUGAUAAAGAUUGUUGGUUUGUUUGUUUUUUUUAAUAUAUGAAACUUCCUUAUUUUUAAAAUCCCAGUUUUUGCUUAAUGCUGUUUGCAUGUUUUGCAUUGCAGCAUUCAAGGGGUCUGAAGCUUAUUUUUAAUUCCUUUAUUUAAAGCCAUCUUAAAAGUUUGAGAUUUAUGUCUACUUGAAACUAAACUUAACAAAUAAAUGGCAUUCCAGAAUAUGGUGACUAAACUGAAAACCAAAGUAGCUUGCUUUUUGUGUUUUCCUUUCCUAUUUUCUUUCUUAAGCCAAUUUUGGGCAUGCAUUUUAUCAAUGUCAGUCUGAGUUUACUGCAAGCCUUACUACGUUUUAGCAUAUGUAUUACAUACAUACUGAAAUACAUGUAAAAUGAGAGAAGGUAUAUUGUCUCACACUUUAAAUUUACUUAAUUCCAAGGGCUUGUUCAUGCCCCCCAAAUCACCUCUUCUACUAUAAGCGUUGCGCAAAUUGUGCUGUUGUAAGCAGUUCAGUCUCAAAAUACUUUGAAGUUUCCAGUCUGCGUCAUGUCUCAAAUCAUGCAGCACCUGUCUUUUUUUUUUUUCUUUUGGAACAUUGUUAAGACCUUUGUCAGACUUUUAUAUUAUUUCAUUAUAAUAAACUUAUUUUAAAUAAGCAUGUUUUAAAAUCUCACUUCCUCCUUGCAUGGAUUUUGCUUCUUUUGUUACGAUAGAGGGCCUAAAGUGCUCUUCAGGACUGCAUCUGUUCUAGGUACUGUGUGAACAGUCGAAAACAGUAUGUUUCUGGUUCAUAGAAACUACCUGUAUGUAUCUUUGUACGAAGAAUGUUAACGCACACGGAGCUUGU